GGCUCCGUCAGAAGCUCGUGGCUGGGACUGCAGUCGACCGACUGGAAUUCCGAAUCCUUAUCAGCAGCAGUUCUGCCACAUGCAGUUCAUGCACACCUGCAAGGCAGCUUCCAGCGAUCUCUCAUCCGCGAGAACCUUCUCCCACCGUUGCAAUUGGCCGCGUGAACCAGAUGACCGCCUCGCGAAUAGCUCUCUAUCUACGAUAGCUGCACCUCAGACAGCUAGACUAGUAGGUAGACCUGAUCCCGUCCGGGGAUCGCGGGUCUUCUACCUUACCCGAGCAGCAGCAUCACCGUCCACAGGAUGGCCACGCUCUUCGCCUUUGCGCGGCAGCCAAUGCGCGCCGGCACGCCUCGCUUCAGCUCCAUGACAGCACGAGCAACGGCCUUUGUCGCGCGCCGCCACUUCUCCAACUACGUCGUCACCCCGACAGAGCUUCACGAGGCGAUCCGCAAGAACCCGCCCAGCAAGAUCAGCACCGACCCGCGCACGAUCCCCGUCUGCGCCUCCUGGUUUCUCCCCAACGAUGGCCGCACGGGCAUCCAGACGUACCGGGAGCAGCGCAUCCCCAAGGCGCGCUUCUUCGACCUCGACAAGGUCAUUGACAAGCACAGCCCGUACCCGCACAUGCUCCCCGAUGCCAAGACGUUUGCAUUGACCAUGAGCGAGCUCGGCAUCCGCAAGGACGACGUGAUCGUCGUCUACGACACAAAGGAGCUCGGCAUCUUCAGCGCGCCCCGCGCCGCUUGGACGAUGAGGCUGUUUGGUCAUCCGCGGGUGCACAUCCUCGACAACUUCAAGCAGUGGGUCGAGCAGGGCCUGCCCACCGAGUCCGGGGAGCUCUACACUGUCGAGUGCAGCCAGUACCAGAUCCCCAAGGAGGACGAGAUUGCCCAUGGCAAGGUUGCGAGCUACGAGGAUGUCCGAGAGAUUACGUACGACUAUAACAAGGAAGGCGCAGAAGGUAUCCAGAUUCUUGACGCCAGGUCAGCCGGGCGCUUUGCCGGCACCGCCCCAGAACCCCGUGAGGGCUUGUCCUCGGGGCACAUGCCUGGCGCCAUCAACAUCCCGUUUAACGAGCUGCUCGACGCCGAGACCAAGACGUUCAAGUCGCCCGAGGAAUUGAAGAAGUACUUUGCGGCCAAGGGCGUCGACCCUGAGAAGCCUGUGGUCUCGAGCUGCGGUACGGGUGUCACGGCGUGUGUGGUCGACACGGGCCUGGAGAUUGCAGGCUAUGGCAGCCCCAAAGCGCGCAAGGUGUACGAUGGUAGCUGGACCGAAUGGGCUCAGCGGGUUCGUCCGUCGGACAACCUCAUCAUCAAGGAUCAAUGAGUGAAGGGAGGAGGACAUGAUACCACCAUUUGACUUUGUCUCUGCAUUGCCACUUCUGCAUCACACUACUUGCUACUAUCUUACGCCACUCACCCUUUUUGUACAUCAGUCUGUCUUGUCUGUCUGGUCGCUUCGAGUACGUGUCUUGGGGGUUGCCCCAUUUCUGCUUACGCGUGGUACUACGAAUC